AUGGCAGCUCCUGCAUCUUCCAGAAAAUCGAAAUCUGCAGAAAAGGAAGUAGAAUCUGAAAUAAUGGAUGUUGAUGAUCAACCUAACAACGGUGAAGAAGAACAACAUCAUCUACAACAAGAAGACGACGAGGAAGAGAAUGAAGAAGAAGGUGAAUAUGAAGUUGAAGCUAUUGUCGAUCAUAGACAGAAAAAGGGCAGUUUAGCGGGAAAACACGAAUAUCUCGUCUCAUGGAAGGGUUAUGGACCAGAGCAUAAUACUUGGGAACCGGAAGAUCAUGUUGCCCAUGCAAAUGAUAUCGUUUCGAGAUAUUGGUCAGGUAAACCUAAGACGACCAUUGCUCCACCUAAAGAAAGUAAAAAAAGAGGAAGAGCAUCCGCAGGUGCAUCCUCAACACCUGUACCUGUAUCAUCUCAAAAGAAUAAAUCAGCAAGAACGACCAAUGGAAAACGUAAAUCCAAUUCAAAUGGAAAUCAUAAAGCUGAAGAAGAAGAUGAAGAAGAAGUGUGGGAAUUUGAGACGACUCAUAUUGACUCAGCUGCUAAAUAUGAAGAUAUACCAGAUUGGGAAAAUACCGUUCAAUCAGUUGAUACUAUCGAUAGAAGCAGUGAAAAUGAAUUAGUAAUUUAUCUUACCAUGGUCGGUGGUGAACGAGUCGCUUUACCUACUGAAGUAGCUUAUCUGAGAUGUCCACAAAAGAUAUUGAAAUUCUACGAAAAACACCUCAAAUGGAAGGCAUCGCCAUAG